AUGGGAUAGUGUUGUGCUCCAUCCACAAGUAUUCAGUAUUAAAAUCCAGCCCAACUUAAACCUAAGGCAGAGGAGGAAUAUGAUUUUAAGGGAGUCGUAACCAAAAUUGAUGGCUAUUAUCGAGGAUAAGUUAUUCGUUAAAAUAUUGAUUACGAAUUUUUUCAUUUAAAUACAGCAUUAUGA